AGGACACGCCCCUCGAGCCGUCCCAAACUGUAUUUCCCUUUUCAACUGUUGCUGGCUCUCCGAGCUGAUUGAAGUGUUUCUGCGUGAGGGGUUUGACAACAGGAAAGUUUUUAGUCAAAAUGAGUGAAAUCAAACCAGAAGAAACCGCCGCGGCUAAAGACAACAACGAGGACCAGGACUGGGCUGCGGCCAAAGCUUUCUUUGACAGCCUGAAGACGAAAGUUCCCAGACCUCCCAAACCCCAGUACGCCGUCACCAUCGCGGUGUCCUCUCGCACCCUUUUCAACAUGGUGGCAGAGAGGAAGAUCUACGAGGAAGAAGGAGUGGAGAAGUAUGUGGCCUUUCAGGUGGAGCACGAAAACGAGCCUCUGAGUCCAGGACCGGCUUUUCCCUUCGUCAAGGCGCUGAUGAACGUCAACAGCCGACUGAGGCAGCUCUACCCAGACAGCGAGGAACUGUUUGACAUCGUUUUAAUGACUAACAAUCAUGCCCAAGUCGGAGUGCGUCUCAUAAACAGUAUUAAUCAUUACGGUUUGACCAUUGAGAGAUUCUGCAUGACAGGCGGUCAGAGUCCCAUCGGGUAUCUGAAGGCCUACAUGACCAACCUUUACCUCUCCAAAGAUUCAGAGAAGGUCACGGGCGCCAUCGAAGAAGGAAUUGCCGCGGCGACGAUGUUCAUGCCGCCGUCAGAGUGCGAGCUGAGCGACACGCAGCUGAGGGUGGCGUUUGAUGGCGACGCCGUGCUUUUCUCAGACGAGUCGGAGAUAAUCGUCAAGAAGCACGGCCUGGACACUUUCUUUGAGCACGAGAAGGAGUUUGAGAACAAACCUCUGGCCCAGGGUCCAUUAAAGUGCUUCCUGGAGGCCCUCGGAAAGCUCCAGAGAAAGUUUUACGCCAAGGACGAGCGCAUGAACUGCCCAAUCCGAACCUUCCUGGUAACGGCUCGCAGCGCCGCCAGCUCUGGGGCUCGCGUCCUGAAGACCCUCCGCAGCUGGGGCCUGGAGAUCGACGAGGCCCUCUUCCUGGCGGGCGCUCCCAAGGGGCCCCUGCUGCAGAAGAUCAAGCCUCACAUCUUCUUCGACGACCAGAUGUUCCACAUUGAGGGCGCCAAGGAGCUGGGAACCAUUUCCGCGCACGUUCCCUACGGAAUCGGACAAAAGUACCACAAGGGGAAGCUUAUCGAGCAGCCGGCGGAGAAGAAGUGACCGCAAGCGGUUUCCAUAGGAAAAGGCACUACAGUAUGGCCUGCACUGUAAUGAAUCGUUUAGGAAUCAUUAGAAAUUUAAAAAAUGAGAUAAUUUGAUAGAAAGGGAAACAAGAAAAGAUCCAUAUUUAUAGGUAUUUUUGUUUUGAAAAAAAAGUCACUUCAAACUUUUUAUGUAUGUGUGUGU